AUGUCUGCAACAAUGGAGCCUACCCUUCCAUCCAAACUCAAGGCGAUUUUCCCCUCGUCGUCGACUCCGCAAGGGACGACUAGCCUGUCAGUCGACCAGAACUAUCUUAUUGGGCUCCGUGGCCUGCUCGUGUUCCAAUCUUUCCUCUUUGUGUUCUUCCAGACGUUCCUCCCAGCCGCUCUCCCCGACUCGAAGAAUGUCGAUGGCCCGACUUACCAGGUCGUACUUCGCAAGUCGUUUUCAGUACUCUUCGCCAACGAGGCUUUGAUUUACUCAUGGAUUAUCUUCCUCUCCGCACGAACUAUCUGCUUGCCAUACCUUGCCAACAAGACGCGCGAAGUCGGCGCAUCCAGCGUCUUUCGCCGUGGCAUCAGAUUAUGGAUACCCACUUUCAUUGCCUACUCUUUUGCAGCAGCGGCUUUCAGCACAAGCUCGACCGACUACAUCUCAGAAUUCUUGACUUCCACCGGCAACAUCUCCACCAUUGCACCGGUGCGCCUCCGCAACUUCCUGCUCUACUUCAACACCUUUUUUGAGAUAUUCUGGGUCAACAAGCAAUACGCUAGUCAAGCUGCCAACGAUGUGUUCCCAUCCGGUACCCUUUGGAUAGUGUCUGUGCUAUUCCAGCAAAGUUACACCGUCUACAUUACCAUGGUCAUUGUCCCGAACACUCGCACUUCAUGGCGGGUAAAGGCUAUGUUAGCCUUCAUCGUAGCAGCAUUCUGGGUGCAGAGUUGGGCGUGGUACAGCGUCACUGGUCUCAUCAUAGCUGAUGCGGUCCUCAAUAUGGACUUUCAGUUCCGGUCCCACAGAGGGCUCAAGAUCGGUAACUUCACCAUACCGAUCUGGCCACUUUACGCUGCUAUGGUCCUCACCGGUGUUGUGCUGCAGUUCAUCUUUAUCUCUGGGAAACCCAGCAUGCGCGACAAUGAACUAUGGGGCCACACUGCGCUUUACGACGACGGAUUCCUUAACGAGAACGUCGACUUGGAUCAGCCAAUGGCGAGGGUUGACAACUACCUCAUCAUCCUUGGGUCGAUGCUCCUCAUUGAGACAUUCGAAUGGCCCCGAGCUGUGCUUCGCGGCGGCUUCUUCGUUUCGCUAGGCAAGAGGAGUUUCAGCUGGUUCCUCGUCCAAUCCAUAAUCAUCUACACCGCCGGUAUCCAGCUAUACACACACAUGGUCGCCGCCGGCAUGAACGGUGCUGCAAGCAGUUUUGUAUGCUUCUUGGUCUGCGCACCCCUCGUUGCGGUCACAGCGGAGGUUUUUUACCGUCUUGUUGAUCUACCGAGCGUUGUUCUGGCUAGGGGCUUUUGGGCGUUCAUGACGAAAUAG